GUCCUAGGUAAGCGCUUCGCCGCUCUCCAACUCUCCAGCGCUUUUGAUCUGUUUGUUGGUUUAUUUUACGGGCCGUGGAUUGACUGUAAAGAAUUUGCUGUUGCUCACCCGCACACAAUCCACAGCUAGCCAGCAUAACUUUGCGACGAGUUCGCUGACGUUGUUUCCCCCCGUCAGCCGUCCAGAUCUAGCUACGUCAGGACAGCGUGCAGGUGAUCUAGCUACGUCAGGACAGCGUGCAGGUGAUCUAGCUACGUCAGGACAGCGUGCAGGUGAUCUAGCUACGUCAGGACAGCUGGCCAGGUGAUCUAGCUACGUCAGGACAGCAUGCAGGUGAUCUAGCUACAUCAGGACAGCCGACCAGGUGGAGCUGCAGGUGAAGUGCGUUAAAAUCCAGUGUUCCCUUCAGGCUCGGCCAUUAUGCCCGUCCAGUGUAGCAGCUGUGCGUGUAGUCGCGCAGUGCUUAAGCGGCCAAAGACGGGACACUCGCUGUGCAAAGGCUGCUUCUUCUGGGCUUUUGAAGAGGAGACCCAUCGGACCAUCACGUCCGCCCGCCUGUUUGACCGCGGUGAAACCGUUGCCAUCGGCGCGUCCGGCGGGAAGGACUCCACCGUGCUGGCCUACGUUCUGAAGGUUCUUAACGAGCGCUACGACUACGGUCUGAACCUGCUGCUGCUGUCUGUGGACGAAGGCAUUACGGGCUACCGCGACCACUCUUUGGAAGCGGUGAAAAGAAACCAGCAACAGUAUGACUUGCCCCUCAAGAUCGUGUCAUACGAAGAACUCUAUGGCUGGACCAUGGAUGCCAUAGUGAAGCAGGUGGGCGUGAAGAACAACUGUACUUUUUGCGGCGUGUUUCGAAGGCAGGCGCUUGACAGGGGCGCCGUCAUGCUGAAUGUGGACAAAAUUUGUACAGGCCACAACGCGGACGACGUAGCGGAGACGGUCCUGAUGAACGUGCUGCGCGGCGACGUCGCCCGCCUGAACCGCUGCACGGCCGUCAGCACGGCCGGCGGGGGCAGCGAUGGUGUCGUGCCACGAUGCAAGCCCCUCAAGUACGCCUACGAGAAGGAGAUCGUGCUCUACGCCUACUUCAAGAAGCUCCACUACUUCUCCACGGAGUGCGUGUACUCGCCCAACGCCUACCGCGGCCACGCGCGCGCCUUCCUCAAAGACCUGGAAGCCGUUAGGCCCAGCGCCAUCGCGGACGUCAUCCAUUCGGGGGAGAACCUCUCGCUGAAGGAAGGCGUGAAGAUGCCCGUCCAGGGGACGUGCUCGCGCUGCGGCUACAUCUCCAGCCAGGCCCUGUGCAAGUCCUGUGUGCUCCUGGAAGGCCUGAACAGGGGCCUGCCCAAGCUCGGGAUAGGCAAGCACCACCGACUUCAUGGCAGGAUCCUGGCCCGGCAGCCUCUGACCCCGGUGGAGGAGGAGAAGAUGAAGACCUUAGAGUUUUAACUGGAGGAUUUAAACUGUGACGUGUGACUUAUGAAUUUGAGUUUGGGGUUUUUGGGGGGGGUGUACUUUUUCUUUUAGUGAGGUCAAAUUCUAGUCCAAUGUACACUCAAUAAAGGCAAAAUGUUGUCUUCA